AUGCACCAGAUCUUACUUGCAGCAGACAAAUCCUCAUGUGGUAUGUCUAAUCGCCAACAUGGACAUUGGGUCUCUUCUCGGUCUCUGGAACUUAUCGACGCUCGCCGGCAUAUGCCGGCUGGAAGUGAACACACUGAAAAUCGCAAAGAACUCUUGGCAAACCUCCGUGCUAGCCUGAAGAGAGACCGCGAAUCUUGGUGGUCUGUGCGUGCGUCAGAGAUGGAAGUGGCCGCUGCCCUUGGUAACCAUCGUAAGCUAUUCUGUCUGAUAGGGGAAGCGGGCAGCAGGAGACCUGGUGUUAGUGAAACCAUUUGUGACGAGAGUGGACAGUCUAUACACAACUUGUCAAAACGCUUGGAGUGCUGGGCUGUGCACUUAGCAAAGCAAUUUAAUCGGCCGGAAUUAGAUUUCUCGCCGGCCACUGAUCGCCUCGCUCCGUGGGCUGUCCCAUCGGAUCCACCCUCUCGCUCAGAAGUCGAACUUAUACGUUGUAUACAUGUAUACUUGCGCUCCAUCCGUCCUCUGUCCUUUCUUCAUGAAACCUUUCUCAACUCCCUUCUGUGGAGCAAACAUAACUCAUGUGGUCUGCGCACAGUUGCUCUUUAG